CAACGGGGAUAAGCCAGUUGGUUCUAGUUCCGAUCUUCCCCCAUGGGGAGCGUAACGAACGCUUAUGUCCAAUAAAAAAGAUUAGUCUGUGAUGUAUGUAAGAGCAGCGUGUGCUCAUCUUAUACGAUAUCCACGCGCUCUCUUAGUCUAUGGUCUGUGAUGGUUGCGUUUGUCUAUUAGACGUUGCUACAUAACAAUUCUAAUAUAUUUACUUUUUUACAAUCCUGCCAAGGAUAAUUUGGCAAACAUGGACAUACCAAUAACAGAAUGCUUAUGUGGUCAUCCUUUCGAUCCAGACCAAUUCAUGAUUCAGUGCUAUCUUUGCAGGAUUUGGUACCAUGGACAGUGUGUAUCCAUCAAGGAAUAUAUGGCUACUGAAAUAGAUAAAUUUCAUUGUCCUCGAUGCGUACCAAUUCAUAACCAGUCUAUAAUGAAAGUCAGAACCAAUUGGCAUCGGCACAAUUAUUCUGAAAUGGAAGCAGAAGGAAAACCUGUUCAGACGGGCACUCCAGUCUUUAUCAGAGAAUUAAAAUCCAGGCAUUUUCCCAAAGCUGAUGACAUAGUUAAACACUUAAAAGGACAACAAUUGACUAUGCAAUAUUUACAAACAAAUGGAUUCGAUAUUCCUAUUAUUGUUGACAUAAAAGAUGGUCUGGAUAUGGUUGUACCACCUCCAAAUUUCAGUCUUUAUGACGUACAAACCUACAUAGGUGGUGAAAGAGAAAUGGAUGUAAUUGAUGUAGCAAAGCAGAAUAAUGUUAGAAUGUCAUUGAAAGAAUUUGUUGAAUAUUAUUAUGAUCCCAAUCGAUCAAGAAUUCUUAAUGUCAUAAGUUUAGAAUUCACAAACACUGGUCUGUCUUCUAUGGUUGAGGCACCAUAUAUUGCAAGAAAACUUGACUGGGUAAAUUAUGUCUGGCCAAGAGAUUGGCCUGAAGAUAGCGAACUGAAGAAGCCAGAAGUACAAAAGUACUGUUUAAUGGGUGUUAAAGAUAGUUUCACAGACUUUCAUAUAGAUUUUGGUGGUACAUCUGUGUGGUAUCACGUUCUGAGAGGUGAAAAGGUAUUCUAUCUGAUUAAACCUACAGCAGCAAAUUUACAUCUUUACCAGCAAUGGAUGUCCAGUUCGACUCAGAGUGAAACUUUUUUUGGAGAUCAAGUUGAUGCCUGUUAUAAAUGUGUUUUAAAACAAGGACAAACAAUGUUGAUACCUACUGGUUGGAUUCAUGCAGUUUUAACACCCAUUGAUUCUUUAGUAUUUGGUGGUAACUUUGUACAUAGUUUGAAUAUACCAAUGCAAAUUCAAAUAUAUGAAAUGGAAAGGAAAUUGAAAACACCAGCCAAAUUUCAGUACCCUGGAUUUGAAACUAUUAACUGGUUUGCAGCAAAAAGACUCUUGAAAGAGCUGAAAGAUCUCAACAGUGAAGAGAAAAAAUGUCCUCCUUACUUUUUACAGGGUGUCAAAGCUUUGUUGAGUAUAUUAAAGCAGUGGAAUACCGACAAAGACUAUAGUAUGCUGAGUAGAUCGCAAAUACCACAAACAAUUAGUAGCCAAAAAGUACUGAAAGAUUUAAGUAAGGAAAUAAGACAUGCAGAGCGCUAUUUGAUAGCUUUGAAUCCACCGAAACCUGAGCGCGAGAGUAAAAGAAAGAAAAAGAAGCCAAUGAAUAAGGAUUUCGUUGAUUUCCACGUAACUGAUCGAAUGAGCGAAAGUUCAAAACUGAAGUCCCUUGCGAAAGAGCAGUCGGUGAAAAAAGAGACAGUAUCUCCGAAGAAGGGCCUCGUUCAUCGACCACCACUGAAACUAACCUUACCAAAACCAGCAGCGUUCCCUUACCAUGGCGAGCUUAAUAGCUCGGUCAAUGCGCAAGAAAGAGCAAUCGCAGCUGUCGCAGCUCCGAUCAAGACGAUUAAAACAUUGAGUCCCAAAAACACCAGUGUCAAAAAACCGAACACCAGUAAGCAGAGCAGCUCACAUAAGAGUAUAAACGCCAAAAGACCGGCAGGUGUGAAAAAGCUAACUAGCGAAGGUAAGAAGGGAGCCAAACACGGCAAACAAAGUCCAACUGUGAUUAGAUUCAAGUUGGGCGACAACGAGGUAGUGAGAAGCACCAAGGAUAAGGGUAGCAAUAUCUACGGGAAUUUCGUGCUGGAUCAAAACAUCGAAACGCGUAAAGAAUUGACCUGGAAGCAAACGACUUCGGUGUAUGACUUUCACGAUGGCAGUAAUGAGAGUGAUUACGGCGGAUUCACUAUCGACGAGGCUCCUAAAAGAAAGAAAUCCGUGAAGGUCAAUAGCACUGCGAAGAAGGCGAAGACAAAUUUCGAUGUUGGCCCUACGACCAAUACUGUACCGACAAAUGGCAUUGAGGAGUUGCUUAAAGCUUCAGUAUAUACGUUGGAUGGAACAGCACCAAGACUGGACGUUAUCCCCUCGGCGAACGUUACGAGCUUUAUGCAACAAGCACCCGUGACGACAGGUUCUGACAGGGCUUCACCGUCGACGAGGGACGCCAUCGCGGGAAUGCUAUCGUUCAGCGCCCAGUGCUACCCGACAGCUGUAACUCCGCAGCAGGUACCGGCGAAAGCGAAGAGCAAAGUGGCGAAAGCUCGAACCAAGGGCACGCGGCCGGAGAAGCACGAGCUAUCAGGAGAGCGCGACCGGAUGGCGGACGACGAGGACGACCUGCUGAUUGAGAACAUGGACAAGGUUCAUCAAGACGACGACUUCAUCUAUCCGGCCCUGGACGUGUCGGACGAGGACGAGUUCAUGUUCAAAUCCAAGGGCAAGCGCGAAGAGGACGAGGCAUGGAACCCGAAGGCUCGAGUGGGACCUCUGCUGCCCAAGACGAACAGGCCGGCGCGCGAGGGCACCAAAAAAACCUCAGUGGAAAAGGGUCUCGAGGCUGCCGCAAAAAAACGAGCCAGACAAUCCGAUGCUGAUGAGGAUUAUCAAGCAUUCGACGAUGACGACGAUGACGAUGACGACGAUGAUUUCGAUGAGGAUAUGGAAGAGGAGAAAAUAGUCAAAAGAAAAUCGAAUUCGUCGAAAAGAACAUACAAGAAAAAGCGAAAAGAGCAAUCAGCGGUGCAAGUGACAGCUACCGAAGACGACCAAUUAUCAAGUGGAGUCGCACUGCCAGCGGUAGCCCCGCACGACGGGAAUUUAACCCCCGCUAAGUCUCCUGAGCAAGUUAUUAAACACAUCCCCUACACCUCCAUUUUGACAAGUCCCAACCGACUGAAAGACGUUAAAGCCAAAUUGGCAGCGCCUAUACCUGUAGAACGGAAGCCAAAAAAAGGAAUGAAAACUGCUAAACAAAGACUAGGGAAAAUUCUCAAGAUUCACAAAAUGCUGCAUUGAGUCAAAACAGUUACUGGAGCCGGUUUUUUAAAAUUAAGUUCUAUCGUUAUUGCGA